AUGUCGCGACAAAGCGUAGCAGCGCGCAAUCUGUCUCUCACGGAAGAGCUUGAAAGACUAGAGCAGUCAAUCACUCUGACCCUUCAAGAAAUCGAUCACAACUUUAGCAAAUCGCAUCGCAUAGUAACAACAAGCAUUCUACCGCUAGUAGAACAGUAUGGAGAACACUCUCGCGCUGUUUGGGAAGCUUCAAAGUUCUGGAAGCAAUUUUUCGAAGCAUCAGCCAACGUAUCUCUCUCCGGUUAUGAAGAGCUCGCCAACGACGACGAAAGCGAGAACGUGGAAGAAAGUACCGCUAUGAGGGAAGAUAUAACAGAGGAAUACACAUCUCAGCAUCACGAAGAUGUGACCGCCACAACCGGCAUCGAGCAAUCUACCUUCCAAGCCGAGGACUCCCUCCUUGAUGAUGCUGAGCUCACAGGAAGCACGCCUCGGCCUGGAAAGACGAAGACACGAUUUUCUGAUAUGGAAUCUCCCUACGAAGCUAUGAAACGCGAGGUGGAAGGAGAGGGAAAUAAUACCACAGCCCUAGAUGAUAACGAGGAUUCGACUGUCUUGUUCGCCCAACACACCGCUAGACUCCCCGAUAUGUCAAUGACUCCGCAGGCCCAGCGCGACCACACAAUGACCGGCGAGCAGUCUGUUCAGCCCCAUAAGGAUCCUUUGCUUCACCGUGUUCUCGACAAGAACUAUCGCAUUCAGGCAACUCCGCACAAGCCCGCCUUUCGCAUCUCCCCACUCAAGAGCGCACAACCUAAGAGCGCACAACGCAAGAAGGACGCCCCCACAUGGAACGACUCACCAGGCUCCUCGCCCGAAAUGGCAGUGCCGACUCUACGCAGUGAAGUUUUUAUGUCUCCCUACAAAAGUAACGCUCGACAACGUCUUGCGGCGGCAACGCAGGGUCCUCGAACACCUGGUGUUAGUGUUCAGACGCCAGCGACAGCACGUAAGACGCGGGACGUCUUCACUGAUGACACUGUCACAGCCACUGGAAAGGAUAAGUAUGAGAUCGACUGGGAUAGUGAUGAAGGGGAUGAGGAUAUCGAUUUAUAUGCAGGCAUGAGCCCGCCCAAGACGAUACAAUUUGCGCUGCCUCCCUCGAAGCUCUUGCAAACACCUGCACGUGAAGCCAGCCAAAGGAUUGUUGGCGAUAUUCUACUGGACGCUGGAGCCGAUCCGAACUCGUCCGAAUACAGCCCCUCUAUGGUGAAGAUGAAUGAAGAUAUUUUGAACGAUAGUUUCUAA